AUGCCACACGGCUUAAUAGGCAAUCGAAUUGCGCUCGCCAGCAGCACAACGUCGGUGUCAUACUUCGAUUUUCAAUUGAAACAGGAAAUCGAUGAAAGUCCAACAACAGCUUCCCACAGUAAUUCGACUAUAAGUAGUACAACAACAGUUGGCAGUACUUUGAUAACUGACCACGGCAGUUGUGGCACCAGUGUGUACCAUAGUAACGGUAGCGGCAACGGUAACUUUGAAGGCAUUGGCGUUGCGCCAGUGACAGCAUCACCAACACUGACACCACCCACACCGACUAGUCCCCGGGAAUCGCAAAGUCCUGACGGCCAUACGUCAGUUAGCUCGACCGGGUCCAGUGAUACCAUUUCAGAUCAGCAAUUUGCCAUAGCGGACUCGAAUUCCAACAGUGUUACGAAAUCAUUUGUACCGUGCAAAGUUUGUGGCGACAAGGCGUCCGGCUACCAUUAUGGUGUAACCUCUUGCGAAGGUUGUAAGGGUUUCUUUCGCCGCAGCAUACAAAAACAAAUCGAGUAUCGUUGCCUGCGUGAUGGUAAAUGUCUGGUGAUACGUUUGAAUCGAAAUCGUUGCCAGUAUUGUCGCUUCAAGAAAUGCCUGUCGGCGGGCAUGAGUCGAGACUGUAAGUGA